AUGGCAUCAAGCUCAACAGGAAGAAUACCGCAAGGCGAAGUCGUAGUAGAGUUCGGGGACGGAGGAACCUACAUCAAAAACAAGAUGGAGAACGCAGUGAUGGAAAUUGAGAAGCGGAGGAUACAGCGGGAAGAAGGGAUCAAGGCGCAAAAAGCAUUGGAGUCGCUAGAGGUGUCGAAACCGAACGGAGCAGAGGUAAAGUCGUCAGAUGUGGACUAUCUUAUCUCGCAAAUGAGCUGUACGAAGCAAACAGCGGAGGAGGCGUUGAAGGCAUCAAAGGGGAAUCUGGUGCAGGCCGUGAUGAGCCUAGCGGAGCCAAAACCAAGAGCACGGUCUGUGGAUGGAGGCGGGGAGUUGGAAUAA